AGCCAGGACCCCCGGGCUGCAGACAAGAAAAGGACUGUGGGGUCCACCGGGUCUGGGCCACAUCAAGGAAUGUGGUUGAAGACCCGCCCCUAGGAGCUGAAAGCCAGGGCGCUACCAGGCCUGAGAGGCCCCAAACAGCCCUUGGGCCCGGUUUGGGAGGAUUAAGCUGGAGCUCCCAACCCGCCCUGCCCCCAGGGGGCGCCCCCGGUCCGGCGCGAGAGGAGGCAGAGGGCGCGCCAGGCCGCGGGAGAGGAGGCCAUGGGCGCGCGCGGGGCGCUGCUGCUGGCGCUGCUGCUGGCUGGGGCUGGACUCGGGAAGCCGGGUGAGCUCGGGGCGCUACUGGCGGGACCGGGGGCAGCGGGGAGGCCGGGAGGUGGAGGCCGCGGGGGUCACUUCUUGUGUCCUGCAGAGUCGCAGGAGGAGGAGCUGUUGUCAGAGGCCUGCGGCCACCGGGAAAUUCACUCGCUGGUGGCGGGCGGAGUGGAGUCCGCGCGCGGGCGCUGGCCAUGGCAGGCCAGCCUGCGCCUGAGGAGACGCCACCGAUGUGGAGGGAGCCUGCUCAGCCGCCGCUGGGUGCUCUCGGCUGCGCACUGCUUCCAAAAGCACUACUAUCCCUCCGAGUGGACGGUCCAGCUGGGCGAGCUGACUUCCAGGCCAACUCCUUGGAACCUGCGGGCCUACAGCAGUCGUUACAAAGUGCAGGACAUCAUUGUGAACCCUGACGCACUUGGGGUUCUACGCAAUGACAUUGCCCUGCUGAGACUGGCCUCUUCUGUCACCUACAAUGCGUACAUCCAGCCCAUUUGCAUCGAGUCUUCCACCUUCAACUUCGUGCACCGGCCGGACUGCUGGGUGACCGGCUGGGGGUUAAUCAACCCCAGUGGCACACCUCUGCCACCUCCUUACAACCUCCGGGAAGCACAGGUCACCAUCUUAAACAACACCAGGUGUAAUUACCUGUUUGAACAGCCCUCUAGCCGUAGUAUGAUCCGGGAUUCCAUGUUUUGUGCUGGUGCUGAGGAUGGCAGUGUAGACACCUGCAAAGGUGACUCAGGUGGACCCUUGGUCUGUGACAAGGAUGGACUGUGGUAUCAGGUUGGAAUCGUGAGCUGGGGAAUGGACUGCGGUCAACCCAAUCGGCCUGGUGUCUACACCAACAUCAGUGUGUACUUCCACUGGAUCCGGAGGGUGAUGUCCCACAGUACACCCAGGCCAAACCCCUCCCAGCUAUUGCUGCUCCUUGCCCUGCUGUGGGCUCCCUGACUCCUGCAGCCAUUCUGAGUGCACCAGAAACUGUGAGGCUGCAGUGGGGACCACAGUAUUGGCUCACCUCCUCUGGGCUGUGGGCGCUUCAGGGACAGGGUUGGGACUGCCUGCUGGAUCAGAUUCCAGCCCCUUUUGUCUUGUUUGCUAAUAAAUACGUGUGCAUGUUCAAGCUGAUGCCUUGCAGAGCUUUCUGUGGACCUAAGGGGAUUUGUGGACAACUCCCUCCUCUUCACUCAUGUCCAGUCCAGGCCAAGACCCUGCCUGAACUCCUAAAUUGUUAUCCG